AUGAAUUUCGUUCCAGAGUUCCUUCCACUGCACCCUGAUGUCUCUAGAGAGUUUCAUGGGCUUGGACUAAAGCCAUGUGGUGAUGUUAUCAAGGAUAUAGAAGACCAAUUUAUUGGUACGCUGACGCAGAUGGUGAAAGAAAUGCCGGAAGAUCAGGCCAAGGACAUAAUAAAGAUGCUGGAAGAGCAGUAUGAGCAGUUGCUUAUGAUAUAUAGUCAAAUGGAAUCCCAGAGGACGCUGUUACAGAAGGCUAAGGUAGAAUACAAGCAAAAGUCAGAGGAAUGCGCUCCGGUAACGUUAGAGAACUGGGACCAAUAUCGGUUAAAAUCGCUAACUGCACCUUCCCUUGAGCACACUUAUAGAGAAUUGAAAUCUAAUGAGAGAAGCCUGCCGAAGACACCUUCUGAUAAUCAAAUGCGGCAGUUGUUCUUUGCACUGCCAUACAUUUGGGAGAAUCCUACUGCGAUGAUUCCGGACAACGCUAACGAAGCGCAGGAAGAAGAGGAGUUGAGGUUCAGUGGCGGUAACAUUGAAUUGACGUGUCCCAUUUCCUUCCAGCCGUUUACCAAACCAAUGAUUUCCCGCAAAUGUGGUCAUGUUUUCGAUAAACCUGCGUUGGAACGAUUCUUGCAGAAAGAAACUAAAACUUGCCCUCAAGCAGCCUGCGGACAGCAUGUUAGUAUUAAGGAUUUUGUACCUGACCUAAUAAUGCAGUUUCGCUGUCUAAUUAGUGAAGUUAGAGGACCUCAGACAAGAAAUAACACAUCGGACCAGGGCAACGUUGUAGAUUAG